AUGCGUCUAAGUACUUCAAGUGCUCAUUGUAUUUCUGGUUCAUGAUGAUUUUGAGGUUCAGUGAUUGAACUGGCUUCUCCAUAGCCAUGUUCAAGAAAUCGGGAAUGUUGCUCUCAAGCAAUAAUCUCCACUCCUUUCAGACUUCAACAUCGCCUUCGAAGACGUCAUCCUUUCCCGCAUCCGGAACUCUGCAAUGUCGUUCAUAUGCUAUGGUCUCAGAUGGCCAUAGCAGACACAACCAUGGGAAGCAUCGUUGGCCCGAAGUUGCAUCUGCCAAUGCAGUCCCUACUCCUUACCAAAUCUUUGGACAGAGGAAAGGGUCUCCAUAUUCGAAGAAGCGAUUCUACGAACUGGUGAAACAGUAUCACCCUGACCGGCAUGACCUUGAGUCGUCCGAUGACGGGCUUUCAUAUACAACAAAGCUCGAGAGAUACCGGCUGGUAGUUGCGGCGAACGACAUCCUGUCGGAUCCUGUCAAGCGUGGUGCUUAUGAUUGCUAUGGAGCAGGCUGGAACGGGUCUCCGGAUGUCCUUGCACCUCGAGAUUCAUCUGAGUCGGCCGGCGGUUGGGGUACAUAUGGCGGUAGAGGAUGGGGAGGAGGGCCUGCUGGACCAAGCCAGAAUGCAACGUGGGAGGACUGGGAGAGAUGGUACCAGCGAGAUGCCAAAGGACCUCAGGAACCACGAUAUGUGUCGAACAGCGCCUUUGUGGGGCUCAUCAUGAUAUUCGCUGCUAUUGGGGGGAUAGGACAGGCUACAAGAGCAGGCAGCUACGGUGCGACCUUCCUCGAACAAAGGGAUGCUCUGCACGACAACAUUUCCAAGGAUCUGAUGCGGAGGAGGAAAGAGACCACGACCAUUUAUGGUUCCAGGGAGGAAAGAAUACUCAGCUUCCUGAAACAGAGAGACCCUGAGGGUUAUGGACUUCUCGAUCCGAAGGAAGAGGGCUACAGAAAGCCAUUGCCUCCGCCGGAAAUUUGUUCUGGUAAGGAAGUCAAAAGUCUACAGAUAGGCAUCUACGAGGACAAGAGCAAUCCAUCGAAGGGAGCAUAAGUACGCAGAUGACUUGGAAUGCCAUCCCGCUAUAGAUUUUCACCUUUCAUGGUGAUAUCAGAGUCUUCACUAUCACAUUGAGGACCACAAGAUAUCUUGUGGACAAGUUGAUGUCGUCCACAUUAGCUAACGCUAGUGAAAUUUGUCGCUGUGAUCUGCAAGCGAAGAGCAACUAAGAGGCUCGAUGGUGGUUGAAAAUAGCCAAUUAGGGCUGCCCUUAUAGCAGCAGCCUAGAGCUGACGAACUACACGAUUGAAUGAAUGAAACGUUGCAAUAUCUUAUUGGAAAAUAUUCACAAGAGAGCCAUGAUUACUGGUAUACUAUGAUCGAUCUCCUAGUCCUAUUUACGUCGUAUGAUAUAUUCUCAUAAUUGUAGAGCUGAAGGC